UAAGGGCAUAAUGGACGAUCGCACGAGCCCGCUAUUCGUUCCGCUUCCGGUUUGCGGGGAUGUUGCUAUGCGAUGUGGAGUGUAGUUGUUGAUAUAUUAUCCGGACGCUGCCGUUCUUCACACAGCAGCUGAAGGCUGGUGUGAGGAAGCGGCACUGCCAUGGCGUCCGGACCGGGCUCGGUGCCCGUGGUUCCGUCCUCCGUGGGCCCCACAGCCACUGACCAGCUCUUCCGGAAGCCCAGAGACUUGAUGGGCUCGUCUACACACUACAGACCACCACGUUCCCUCCCUGAUGUCUGCCCUAAAGAGCCUACAGGUGAGGUGCGGGGGCUGAGGGACGCUCCCUCAGUGGUAGCAGAUCAGCAUCGUUGGACGGUGUAUAACUCUAAGGUGAACCUGCCGGCGGCGCUGAACGACCCGCGGCUGGCCAAGCGCGAGUCCGACUUCUUCACCAAGACCUGGGGAGUGGACUUCACUGAGGAGGAGGUGAUGCCUUCAUACAGCCUGCCCAACAUCACAGCAGAGCACUUCAGCACCUACCUGAACAACACUGCUCAGAGGGAGAAAAUCCACAAGCGGUGUAAAAACAUAUGCCCCAGUAAAGACGACCUCUCCAUCCCCAACAUCACAAACAAUCACGAUAAAGCCAAAGAGGAGCUCGAGCAGGUGCCCAAGAUCUUCAUGAGGCCUGACUUCGUACUUAGUGAACCGGCCACCUUCAGCGCCGUGUUGCCGUGGUCACAUUUCAGUGUCGCCGGAGGAAAGAGCAGUCGGGAUGCUGCAUCGUCACGGUUACUGCAGGAGAAAUUGAGUCAUUACCUGGACGUGGUGGAGGUGAGCAUCGCGAGACAGAUCUCUAUGCGCUCUGAGGCUUUCUUCCACGCCAUGUCGUCUCAGCGCGAGCUACAGGAGGAGCUCUGUGAGGCAGCGGGAGCAGUGAGGGCGCUGCGGGAGCACACGGCCGGCAUGGGGCGCACAAUGAGCCGCGGGCCUUUACGGGCACUACGGCACACGGUCACACGCAGAAACUGCAUUACACUGCACGGUAAACUGAAGCUGAUGGCGGCGGUACAGCAGACACAACCAACCGUGCAGCUGCUGCUAUCAACCUCAGAGUUUGUGGGAGCGCUGGAGCUCAUCAACACCACCAAGGAGGUGCUGCAACAGGAGCUCCAGGGCAUCCACAGCUUCAGACACCUCGGCUCUCAGCUGUGUGAAAUGGAGAAGCUGAUCGAUAAGAUGAUGGUGGCUGAUUUUACCACUUACUCCAGGAGUGACCUGAACCGAGCCUUCGAGGACGACAACCAAGUGCUAGAGAAGGACCGGCUGCAGUCUCUGGUCUUUGGCCUGCUGAGACAAAGGAAGCUGGAUUUUCUGGACAUCUACAGUGAGGAGAUGAUGCAAGCAGCCAAAGGCAUCGUCAGACAGUGUGUGAUAAAAUCUGUGUCUCAGAUCGAGGAGAUCGACACAGACGUUGUUGUGAAGCUGCAUGAUCAGAUGAGGUUCAUGACGUUUGCUCAGUGGUUUGAGCUCCUGCAGAACGUCUUUGAGUAUUUUCUGCUCUUCCUCACCAGGAUCAAGGCCACUCUCGGUGUGAUCCGGAACGUUGUUCUGGAAGUCCUCGACAGCAGCCAGAGGAACCGAGCCGCCGACGUGUGUGCGCUUGCCGGCUCGGUGGAGAACGAAGACGAGGACGAGGAGGAGGAAUCCGGUCUCCGUCCCGGAGAAGCCGAGCUCGCCUUCCUCACACACGAGGGGCUGUUCAUCAGCGAUGCGAUAAACGAAGCUGAGCGCCGUGGCAACAGUGUGAACGCUCAGACCCGAGCACAGGCGAAAGAGGAAGUUUCAGGAAGCGACUCUGCCUCAGGCACUACAGAGUCAUCCUCCAGCAGGGAGCACAUCAUAAACACUACCUCCUCCCUGCCCACAGGGGGCACCGCUGCACUUGACGAUCUGAUGCCGUCUGAUCUGGAGCUGGGCAGAAUCGCCAACAACAUCCAGGAGCUGCUGUACACCGCGUCAGACAUCAGCCAUGACCGCUGUGUCAAAGUCCUGCUAGCUAAGGCCAAGGACGGUUCUCUGGAGCGUCUCAGUUCAGCAGAGUUUGUGUGUGUGAGCCGAGCGGUGGAAGCCUUCGCAAAGGACACAGAGGCUCUGUGCUGCAGGAGGAGUGUGAGUCUGCGGGGGGCGCUACAGAGUCAAGCCAACCGUUUCGUCCACCGCUUCCACGAUGAGCGCAAGACCAAGCUAAGUUUGUUGUUGGACACAGAAAGGUGGAAACAGGCUGAAGUUCCUGCUGAAUUCCAGCACCUGGUUAACUCCAUCGCUGACGGACACAUCACACUGCCUGAACGCAAACCUGCAGGUCCUGAAGACAAGAAGACGAGUGACUUCCUGCUGGUUGAUGGACAGAAGUAUGCUGUUGUUGGGACGGUGCUGCUGCUGAUCCGGAUGUUUCUAGAAUACUGCCAGUGUGUGAACGACAUCCCGUCCAUCACCACUGACAUGCUGACACGCCUGUCAGACCUCCUCAAGCACUUCAAUUCCCGCAGCUGUCAGCUGGUGCUCGGUGCUGGAGCUCUGCAAGUGGUGGGACUAAAGACCAUCACCACGAAGAACCUGGCUCUGGUGUCUCGGUGUCUGCAGCUGGUUGUUCACUACAUCCCUAUAAUCCGAGCUCACUUUGAGACCAAACUCCAACCCAAACAGUACAGUGUUCUGCGCCAUUUCGACCAUAUCACCAAGGACUAUAAUGACCAUAUAGCUGAGAUCUCAGCAAAGCUGGUGGCCAUCAUGGACAGUCUGUUUGAGAAAGCACUAUUCAAGUAUGAAGUAAAGGCUCCGAUGCCUUCACUGUGUUUCCGUAACUUGUGCAAGCAGAUGGCAAAAAUGCAUGAGGCCAUCAGUGAGCUCCUACCUGAGGAACAGACUCAGAUGCUGUUUCUGAGGAUCAAUGCCAGUUUUAAGCUCCACCUGAAGAGACAACUGGCUCGACUUGGGGUGGUGAACGACGGCGGACCGCAGCACGGGUUGGUGGUGGUGGACGUGGCCUUUUACACAGAGAACAUUCAGGUUCUGCGCUCGCUCGAGCGGUUGGACUUAAACAUGCCUGAGAUCUGGGAGAAGAGGUGAUGACGGACACCGGGCCCAGCCAAUCGGGUCUUACACCAAGCUGCACCCAGGACCUCCCUCCCUCCUCUUUUUUGGAGGACAUGAGGUCAGAGGUCACACAAGAACCAAACACUGUAUACGAGACCUCUUCGUAAACACACUUUUUACCUCCUCGUCCAGAACUGCUGUGACACUUCGUUGUUUUCUUUUUUCCGGGACGAUCCAGAGCAUUACGGCGUCAGACCGUCACUUCCAAGUGACCAAUCAGGAUAAGUUAAGGGAUCCUCUGUGGGCGGGAACUUUCUUCUUCUGUCGGGUUUAAAGCUCAGUGCCUCCUCAUGUGCUGUGGAUCCAGUGCAGCUCUACACUCGUGUGCAAUCCUGUCAAAUCAUUGCUUACGAACUGAAACUGAGAAUAAAUUAUGAUUUUUGUUUAUUUUGAUGUUUAUAUAUAAGCACCAGUGGGUUUAAAAAUGUAAACUUGGAUAAUUUAUUUUCUUCUGGUCUGAUUUUACCGAACGAUUUUGCGUUUUGUUUCCUUUUAAUAACAGAUAGAGAGAGACGUUGUUACGAGGUGCAGCAUGUUCAGACUUUCGCUCAUUAAAACCCUUUUACUCUCCCAGUAUUUUCACACCGAGGCUGAGAAGAAAUCACAUUACACACGACUCCAGGUUUAUUUGGUAUAUUUCAGAGGCUGUAAAGUCCUUGUAUAUCCAGGCCACCUUUAAUUAAAUCACAACUUUAAGCGCUC